UCUUUUAGUUUGGCGAGACCUGUCAAUAUGCCUGACCCGUCCAAGUCAGCUCCAGCACCCAAAAAGGGUUCUAAGAAAGCCGUCACCAAAGCGCAGAAGAAGGACGGCAAGAAACGCAAGCGCAGCCGCAAGGAGAGCUACUCCAUCUACGUGUACAAGGUGUUGAAGCAGGUGCAUCCAGACACCGGCAUCUCAUCCAAAGCCAUGGGCAUCAUGAACUCGUUUGUCAACGACAUCUUCGAACGCAUCGCUAGCGAGGCCUCCCGCCUGGCGCACUACAACAAGCGUUCCACCAUCACGUCCCGCGAGGUGCAGACGGCUGUGCGCCUGCUGCUUCCCGGAGAGCUGGCCAAGCACGCCGUGUCGGAGGGCACCAAGGCCGUCACCAAGUACACCAGCUCCAAGUGAGACGCGCCAAGGCGCCCGAAACCCAAAGGCUCUUUUCAGAGCCACCUCCAUGCUCAAAAAGGAGCGUGUCACCUGGUCCGGUUGUGACCCGCUGUUGGGGAGGCUGAGCUAGCAAUCGGCGCAAAUUCCGACAAUGUCCUCUCCUUAAUGGUGUAGUCCCUAAAACGCCACCUGGGGCGUCCCCGGGGCCACCCAGAAGCCGGAGAGCGCGCUGCCCUGGCGCUUGCACGAGGACCCGGGGCCCUCCUGUCCGCUCGGUGGCCUCCAGGAAGGCUUCACGCAAACCUACCCCCGCCCCGCCCUCCCCGUGCCCCUCCUUA